GGUUGACUCCAGUCAUUAGAAUUUUGAACUUGUUCAAGUAUACAUUCUCAAAAAAGCUAAAUUAUAAGAAAAUAUUUUUUUUUUGUAUAUUCUUUUACCGAUGGCAUUAUUCUAUUCCAAAUUCAUAUCAACUUGUUUGAUAUUCAUAUCAUGUAUUCUUCUAUAUUGGGUGAAUAUUAUUCAUUGCGAUAUACUGAGCGAGAUUAAAAAACCGAACACCCCAUUUACGAACGAAACAAUCAACUAUUUCAUAGAACUGGUUCGUCAAAACCAUGGCUACGAUAUGAUUGACGUCAAUUCCUAUCCUUCUCCCGUAAAUUAUCCACCGAUUCGUAGUUGGAAACGCGACAUCCAAAUCAUAUACAGUGAUGCAAUUCAAUCAGGUCAUUACAUUUGCGUCUAUUAUGAUCCCGAUUAUAGAACAGCGUACAUUUAUGACAGUAGAAUUGAGAAUAUGAACUACAUCAUAAGCGAGCAACAUGAUUUAAUAGUGAAAAAUCGCUAUCCAGCGGCUAUUAAUAGAACAGUUGUUGUUUCACCGAAGACCGAACAAUAUGACGAAACGUCGUCGGGGCCACUUGUGAUUGCAUAUGCAACGACAUUGAUCUUGGGCGAAACACCAGCAAAUUAUGGCUUUCAAAUGAAUGUUGAAAAUCAGGAUAAAGCCAUUCAUUUAAGGGAACAUAUUUUUGAAAUGUUACAGAAUAGACGGCUGUCGCCAUUUCCGCGAUCUCCGCGUCUGAAUAUAGAGUAUAUUGCUGACUCUUUCGAUAAUAUCCAUCCCGAUAUAUUGCAAAAAAUCACGACACCAAAUCAACCCUUCGACGUACGUACACUCAUGCUGUUCAAUAGAUUGGUCCAGGCUACGACUGAUUUCGAUAUGGUUUCCACAUUUUUCUUCAGUUAUCCCGAAUUAAUACCCGUUCAUAAUUCCACCAAAAAUGACGUUCAAAUCUUAUAUGCCAAACAAGACCAAUGGACAGCUCAUGCGGUUUGUAUAUUUUAUGAAGCCGCAAAUCAAAUGGUGUAUGUCUAUGACGACGAAGAUAUUAAUAUAACUUCAGCAAAAUCGGAUUUUAUAGAAAGGCGUUAUCCAAAUUUGAAAAAUAUUACUUUUGUCGAACCAAAAACAGGACAAAUGGAUUUUGUAUCAUGUGGAGCAUAUAGCAUUGCAUACGCAACCACAUUGAUCCUAGGUCAUGAUCCAAAGACUUAUAAACUUAGAACUAGAUCUUUGCUUUCCAGUUUAUGUGGGUCGAGCAUGUUUGAUGAUCCAAAAAUGUUACGAAAACAUAUUUUGAAAAUGUUUAAAUCAAAAAAAUUAUUGCCAUUCCCCAAGUAAAUUACAUCAUCAACGUCAUGUCACUUUAAGUCGGUAAUGU